AUGAGAUUAAAACAAGCUUCUACGUAUCUGCUGGCCCUGACGUUGCCCUGGCAUUGUCUUGGUGCCUCGAAUACCAAGGUUCCAUCGGCGGCGGACCUCGCGGCCUCGUUUACCAAGAUUCCUCCCUGUGCACUCGAGUGCCUUGCUCAGUCUGUCGCCGAGGCAGGUUGUGGCCUCACCGAUCCACAAUGCAUUUGCGUGGACGAGUAUGUUGCCAUUGAGAAGGCCGGCGCGCCUUGCAUUUUGGAGGCGUGCAGCUUGACAGAGGCAUUGUGCGUCAUCACGGCACUCCUAGUUGUGAUUCGACUAUUGUUCAAGAAAUUCUUCAGCUAUAGGCGAGAACUCGGUGCCGACGAUUGGGUCAUCCUUGCAACCGUGGUUAUCGGAGUACCGUGCACCAUCAUCAACAAGGUCGGCCUGACUGCCAACGGGCUGGGGAGGGAUGUCUGGACCAUCCCGGUCGACCAACUGAUUAGAUUUGUCAUGUUUUUCUAUAUCAUGGAGGUCCUGUACCUCACCGAAAUGGCCCUCAUCAAGCUCAGCCUAUCGCUGUUCUAUCUGUACAUCUUCCCGGGGUCGGGGAUCCGCCGCCUUCUCAUGGGGACUGCUGUCUUCAACGUCGUCUUUGGGUUUACGUUUGUCACGACGGGCAUCUUCCAGUGUACGCCGGUCAGUCGGUACUGGACACAGUACGUUGACCCCGACUCGCCCGGCCACUGCAUCAACAUCAAUCUAUUUGCGUGGAUCCACGCCGCCCUCAAUAUCGCCCUUGACGUGUGGAUGAUUGCGCUUCCACUGAGCCAGAUCAAGAAGCUGGAGCUUCACUGGAAGAAGAAGAUUGGCGUCACCUUAAUGUUCUUGCUUGGGACCUUUGUUACCAUUGUCUCUAUCCUGAGAUUGCAGUCCCUCGUCGACUUUGCAAAUUCCACCAAUCCAACGUGGGACAACUGGAUCGUGGCCUGGUGGUCGACCAUCGAGGUCAAUGUUGGCAUGAUUUGCACAUGCCUGCCAACCGUGCGUCUAAUUCUCGUGCGGGCGGCGCCUCGGAUCUUCAGCACCAACAUAUCUCAUAACAAGUCUGACCCGACGCACAAUGGCACCCACAAUCGGUACAGCAGGAACAGCAAGAUCAUGGGCCACAAGCAGAUUGAGCUGGCGAGCAUCGAGACAAGGAUAGUUGAAGAAGGAGAGAAGCCGAGGAAGGCAAGAGCAUUCUUUGGCGCCGAAGGAUAA